AUGGCCACCCCUAUUAGCACCGCCGAGGAAUCGGGAACAGCAAAAAACCAAGGCCUCCUUCGCUCAUCUCAUAAAAACAACAGCUGUUGCGGGAGUCAGCGGCUAGACUAGUAUUUGAGAAGAAGGGUGUUAAACUUUUAUGGUAUCGGUCAGCGGCCUGAGUUUUGAGGUUUACGAUUUGAAAAGUCUGGAAGCCUUCUGUUCUUAUUGGAAAAUGUUUGAAACUGUAUCAUUUUAUGCCUUCUGUAAUUGAAUGAAGAAGGUUAAUAAUGAGAUUUAUAAAUUUUUCAAUUUAUGAAAACUGAUUUCUCACGUUUCAUUCGUUUGCGGAACGGUAUUGUGCAUUUUUUUAUUUCUCAUAAUUUUUUUUUUUCGUCUGAGCGAAGGCCAAAUUUUAAAAUUACGAAGUUUCACCACUUGAAACACGUUGACUUGGGAAUGGCUUUCGAUUUUUUUUGUUCUAAUGUAACCGCGACAAAAUAUAAAUAAGGAAGCUCGUUGACCUAAUGAGAUUUUUUUUUAUAUCUCGAAAAUUUUAAUCACUUUUUUUGGGGAAUAUUUUCUCGGAUUCCUGUGGUGAUUGCACAAUGGCGAGCCCUCGGUUGCGUCGUUCGGCAGACAUCGCAGCCGGGGCGGAGAGGCCGCAGUAGGCGGGACUUCGAGACGAAGGCGCUUACGAAGAAGGCGAAAGGAAGAACUGACAGUGUCCACCGCUCGCCACACAUGUCCUUAUUACGUUCCCUGUUCAUUUUUCUCUUUAUUGCUGUCACCGCAAUCGAUUCACAUUCACUACGAGACCCUGGCGGAGCAUCCGAUGAGCCGUCGAAGUCCGCAGCGCCGCGACGACGUCGUCAAAUGCUCUCCGACAAGGACAGCGCAGUCGUCAACUACUAUAUGAAGAAGCUUAACGAGUUGGCUGAGAAAAAACAUCCUGAAGAAAAUCAAACCUCAUCGGUUCGUCUUUCAUUUUCUCUACCUUCUUUUCAAUGAUUUUAUAACUUUGCUAGCUAUCUUAUGAAUUUAAAUAGAUUUCGAAAUUUUUUUCUUCUUAAACGGACAUUUUAACGGAUAACGUUUGAUUGUUGUAGAAGAACUAGUAUCUCUGAGUAGUUUUUUCUCGAUUUUUCUUUGCCACUAUUAAAAGGCCUAUUUUCUGGUUUCGAAGCCUUUCCACAUUCUUCAACUUUUAAAAGCGAGAUUUAGCUUAUAUUGCUUGUCGUCCUUUAAAAAAAAACAAUAAGGAUGUAAUAAGUUAUUUCAUGAAAAAAUCCAAUUGAUCAGAAAGAAAAAUAUACUGAAAUUAACAAAAAUAGAGAUUUAUUCUUAUUUUUCACGUCUGGUUUUAUUCAUCAUUUUUUUUUCAUCAAAUUAAUUGCACUUAGCCUCAAUAAGAUCGUUUUUGACGACAUUAAAAUCAGGUAAAAGUUCAGCCUCUGAAAUUUAUUUUUUUUCCGAUCACAGUCAUUUCUCGCAAUCACUUAAAACAAGAAUAUUUCCAUUAAAACUCACAUUUUCAAAUGAAAUUUUUUAAACUGAAAAAAAACUGCUUGAUGAAAAGUUCUUUACAGAAAGAGACUUUUUUCAACGUAGAAACUUUUCAAACGAUGUUGAAGCUAAUAAAUGUUUGUCAGAUUUGAUUGCCGUUUUUAUUUGGCUUUUGUUACUCGCAUAAAGAAUUCAGCCCAAACAUUAUCAUGUUGAUAGUUAGUAGAUGUUAAUAACAGCAAAUGUAACAAUUGUUUUGGAGUCGUUGGGGGGUUAUUGGGAGAAGAGAAGACAUGGGGGCGAAGCAAUUCGAUGCCAAACUGGUUUCGCUUCUCGGUCUUCUUCGUAUUCGUGCAGACCGCGUGAGAAUUGAUUGCGGCUGAGAUGAUCACUUGGAUUUGCAGGAGCACGGCGAAGCUGCGAAAUGGCGUCGUCGCAUGAGGGACGACGUCCUCAAUCCCGAAGAGCAUGGUCGCCAUUUCGAAGGUGAAAUCGAAAGACUGCAACCUCGGCUUAUCGAUCUCACCGUCGCUGUUUCCUAUUGCAUCUGUUUUCCGACCCACUGAUUUCUCUUAAUUCAAAAAAGAACGCGUUGAUGCGAUCAACCAUUAGAAAUCUCAGUCAGUUGAACGGCCAAUCGAAAAGAGUUUCAAAGGCUAUAGUCUGUCCAGAUUUUGAAUGUCAACCAGCUAACUCCGCCCCGGCUGAGACGGUACCUUUUCGCGUCAAUGUUUUAUCGCGCGGGACUAAUUUUGAUCUUUUUUUAUCUAAAAGAUAAAAAAAGAAGUCGAAAAUGCAGCGUUAUUAAAGGGCCAUCGUCAUCUGUGGAUAACAUUUUGACGCGAAAGAUAUUGUAGCCUUGGGGGUGGAGUUAGCUGCUUGACAUUCGAAAUCUGAACAGACUAUACAGUGACAGAGGAAGUUCGAGCGAAAAUAUCGUUCUAGCUAAUUUUAAAAAAUCAAAACGAGGAAAAAUUGAUUCGGAAAAUUUUCUCGAGAAAGUCGAAUACUUUCCAAUUUUGAAUCAGUAGUUUACUGAUAAAUUUCUGAGAAAUCAAUAUUUCAUCAGAUUGUAAGUUUAAUUUGGUGAACUAUAAACUUUUCAAUCUUUUGAAUUUUUUUUUCUCACUAAGAAUGCGGUGAAAAAACUGUAAAACAUAUUGAAAUUUUUGCAUUAAGGCGGUAAGGUUAAAAAACGGCUCAAAAGAAUAGCUAUGAAAUGGAAUGGGAAAUAUAUUUCUUUUAAGAUCUCAUUUCGCUUUCUCCUAUAGGCGGCUCCAAAUUUUGCGAUUUUAUUUCAAUUAUUCGUCAAGAAAAUGAAUGACGCAUUGCGUUGAGAGACAUUACUCACCGUAUGGCGAGAACGGCUGAAGUAGGGACUAGAGUGUCUUGACAGUUUUUUCCGGAAUUUAAUGAAUACUUCAAGGCUCCAGACUUCAUUAAUUCACCAGGUUGAAAUUUGAAAUUAAAUUUCUAUUUUCCAGGAGACAUCGUUUUGUUUCCUGAUCAGGCGCAGCAGAUCUACGAAGACGCCCUGAAGAAACAGCGCGGAGACAAGUCCGGCCAUCGCGUCAAAAGAAAGUUCAUCGGUUCUCAGCUCCGUCGGUGGGAUGCCUCCCGACCAAUCAUCUACUCCUUCGACGGCUCUCACAGUGGGUCGCUCACAGAGUUCUCUCCACAAAAGGAGUUUCCAGCUCAGCGGGAGCAGCGGAUCAUCGAGCUGGCUUUGGAGCACUGGCACAACAUCACGUGCCUCAACUUUGAGCGCGACGACAACGCCAACAGCGGCAAUCGCAUAGUGUUCACCGACGUCGACGGCUGUGCCAGCAAUGUUGGACGUCAUCCUCUGGGAGAGGAACAGCUCGUCUCGCUGGCACCAGAAUGCAUUCGGGUAGGAGACGAGGCUGUCGCUGAUCCGAAACGUUGCUCAGUUAGGGGUGAUCGCGCACGAAGUCGCUCAUGCGCUCGGGUUUUGGCACGAGCAGUCGCGGCCGGACCGUGACCAGUUUGUCAACGUCCAGUGGGAAAACAUCGACAAGGUUCGUCUUGAUCUUGUUCUGAACCUACGAGAAGCUCGCAGGAUUCCAAAGGGCAGUUCCUGAAGGAAGAUCCAGAUGACGUCGACAACGCCGGUGUCCCCUACGACUACGGCUCGAUCAUGCAUUAUAGGUUGGCGUUUUGCAGUCUCUGACGUUCAAAUCUUCGUUUUUUUUUUUGUGAAUUUAAAGUUGUUCUUCACAAUGUUCUUCUUUGGGAUUUUUAGGGGUAAGUCGGAACGAGAAAAAUCCCUCGAGCAUUAGCAUUGAUAUUAUUAAAAUUAAUUUGAUGAAUUCUUUCAAUUUUUCUUUCCAGACAGUUAAACGGGGAAGUCUAAAAAUUCAUGAAAUUAACAUACAAUUUUCUAAGAGGGAACUCAGUAUUAUUUCAUACUUAGCUGUGAGAAGCCAAAAUUUCAAAAUUCAAUUUAUUUUUCAAACUUCCAUUUGAGAAGUGUUUUCAAUUAAAGAAAACUAGAAUGAAAUUCUUUUUUUAAAUCUUAUUAUGCCGUCGGGAUUUCAUUCCCCAGAGAAAUUGAGUUUCCUGGAAUUUAGAAGCAAGGCGUUCUCUCGUUACGACGACCUUUACACGAUCAGCACGUUCGUGUCGGACUACCAGAAGACGAUCGGUGAGGACGGCCCUUCUAUCACUUUUACUCUCGGUUGACACAAUUCUCAGGCCAAAGAGACCAGCUUUCGUUCAACGACAUCCGGCUGAUGAACAAGAUCUACUGCGGCAACGUCUGCCCCAACAAACUGCCGUGCCAACGCGGCGGCUACACCGACCCGCGACGGUAGCCUUUCUUCUUUCCGGCUGAGUCGCAACCUGACGUCGGUUCCAGCUGCGACAGAUGCCGAUGUCCAGACGGCUUCACGGGUCAGCUCUGCGAGCAGGUCAUGGCUGGCUACGGCGCCAACUGCGGCGGCAAGACUUACCUCACCACUUCCAACACCAGAAUCACGAGUCCAGGCUACCCUCGCGAGUUCAAAGAAGGUUCGAGAUCGAAUAAAGAAACGUUGUGUUGUGUUAAACUUUUGAAACCGAUUCUCGGUUUAGUCAAAAAUUUUAUAAUAAGAAUGUAAUUGGUGCAAAAAAAAAUCUAGAAAUAACUUUGAAAACUAAUUCAAGAAUUUUCGUGGAACUUAUAUUUUUUCAGGACAAGAGUGCUCAUGGCUUUUGGUGGCUCCUCCUGGCCAUAUCGUUGAAAUGCAGUUUGUCGGCGAGUUCGAGAUGUACUGCAAGGUCAGACACUCGCUCUGUAUGGACUACGUUGAAGUGCGAAACUCUACCGACUUUGCAAAUACUGGAAUGAGGUGUGUUUCGGAAACCUCAAUUAUUAACCAGUUUUUGGUUUUUUUUGUUUUUUGAAUCAAUACUUCAUGGGCAAAUAUGAAAUGUAGAGAACGGGGAAUCAAUGAGAAAAGUUUUUGAAAAAAAUAGGCAUUAUUUUCACAACAGUUUUCUUCUUAGUUAAGUCUUCAUUUUAUUGGACUUCAUAAUGAAAGAAAACAAGAAAGGAUUCUCGAGCUCAGUUUUUUUCAAAAAGUAAAAAUAACCUCUGGGAGAAAGUUCACUCAAAAAAACAGAAGUUUUUUUCUCAUUUUUUUUUUCUAGAAUACUUCUAAAAUUUGAUCAUGUUAGGUGUUUUCAUUCCGUAUUCAAUGAGAAGCCUCUCAGGUACUGCUGCUACGGGACGCCUAAUUCGCGGAUUCGGUCCGCGACGACAGACCUCGUCGUGCUCUUCCGGAGCUUCUACCGCGGCGGAAAAGGGUUCGACGCGAUGGCUCGCGCAGUUCCUGAGGCGGGUACCUGGAACGCCUGGAGUCCUUGGUCGGCCUGCACGGCUUCCUGUGGCGCUUGUGGCUCCAGAAUGCGCACGAGAGUCUGCCCCUACCCCAGUGCAUGCCAGUUCGUUUUAUUUCUUUAACUCUUCUUCCCACUCUCCAAAACGCUUCGGUUUUGUUGAUUAACACACUUUUCCAAAUACCGGUCUCUCAAAUAAUCUAGGUCAUAAAAGCCAUACCGGAGUUAUUCUACAAAAAUGAGCAAAAAGAGUCGUUUUGUAAAGUUUUCUAAUCUUUCACUGAAAAAAAAAAUUGGAAAUAAGGUUAGAAUGUAGGUGCUUUGGACUUACAAAUGCUUGUUAAUUUUGUUUUGAACCUGAUUUUUCUGAAUAAUCAUUGACAUGUCUGAUCUUUUUUGUCUACACAUCUUUUUUCUGUGAUUUUGAGGCCAUAAGAGAACGAAACUACAUUUAUGUAAAGUGGAUUGAUAUUUUACAAAUUUUAUUGCUCAUAUUUGACAUUUUUAGUCUAUGAUUCUUCGUGAUUUCAUUGAAACUUUCCUACUGUUCGAAUCAUUUUUUCUCUCGAAAGAAAAACUUUCUCUUUGAUCAUUCCACAUUGUUUCUUCUUAGUUUACAAUCUGGACCGUCAUUUCAUUUCGUGGGUGUUAACAACAAAUCGCAUCAACUUCCACUAACCGGUAUUUUAAGGUCACCCAGUACGGGUCAAGAGGUGCCAAAACAUCAUCGAUUUCUUCUUAAGUUGUCAAAAUAUUGAUAAUUUUUAACAUCUGAAGUUUGGUCACCAAAUUUAGGGAGAGAAAAGAAACGUAUGUCGUUUGUCAACGGAAUAUUAACAAAAGAUAUAAUAAAAAAAUAGAACAACUCAUUUUUUUCUGCUUUUAAAUUUUUCGAACACUAAAAUAAUCUCUCUAAUCAUCUGAACAUAAGUAUAAUUUAGACUGAGUUCAUUUCAAAAGGACAUUGAUACGUGUGAAGUUUUAACGCGAAAUAACCGUCCGGUGUAUGAGAUCAGGAAAAAAAGCAUGUGUGGCAAUUCAUUAACCUCUUUUUCGAAGCAUGCCUUUUUUUUUACAUAAUUCAACUGAAAAAAACCUGUAACUGAUCAGGAAUUUCUUUGAAAAAAGAAAACAAACUUUGAAUUUUUCAUGACAGAAGACGAAUCUAUCAACUUUUUGUACUUGUGAACUUUUUCACAAAAAUCGCUUCACAAUAUAUUUUUAAAAAAACUUCAUAUUUUAAAUUUCGGAAAAAAGUUUUCCACCCUUUCCUGUCAGACUAGUGAGUCAUUCGUAACUGUUUUGAACGUGGUCCUUUUGAACUUAUGUUCAAAGUUGGGACCAGGUAUUUUCUUCUCGAAUUAAAGCGCCUCGUAUUUUUUCUUGUUAACAUCAUCCUACUUAGUAUUUUUCGAAAGUGCCAUUUUCAGAGGCGAGCCGAUGGAGACCCAGGUGUGCAACACGCAGGCGUGCACUGGCAUGUGCGCGCAGAAGAAAGAAGAAGACGGCCAAUGUGGAGGCUUCCUGUCGUUGCUGCGAGGCGUCCGAUGCAAACAGUAAGUGUUCCGAGCGUCUGGGACAGGCCCAACUGCUUCGUUUCAGGGAAAAGACGGUGAUGGCACCUUGCGAGAACGCUUGCUGUCCAGGAUUCCAGCUUAGGCGUGGCCGAUGUGUUCGAUAA